AUGGAGGACAAGGGCCCACCACCACCACUCCCACUCCCACCAUCGCCAUCCGAACCUCUGACAUCUGCCCCUGCGCCCUUGCUUCACAAUUCGGCUGCACAUUUCCCCUCGAGUUCGCAGCAACCCGCUCUAUUUCAGUCCGAGUCUAGUACCGAGACUGCCGCUCAACCCAAAUCUCUGGCUAUCACAACUUCCGAUGUAUCCUCGUCCAACAACAAUACCUUUCCACCGCCGUUCAAUCAUGAUGACUCGACAACCUCACCCUCCUCUGCCAUAUCAAGUCAAGCCGAGUCACAGGCCACUGGCUCUACAGAUUUGUUAGACAGAAAACCGCUUCAAAUCGUGGAGAAUCUCAAAACCGAAGCUACCCAUGACCAACGCUCACUAUCAACCUCUCAAAGCCCUGAGCCUACAUCCUUAUCGGGGACCAAGAGAACUGCAACCGGGGAAUUAAAGAGAUCAAGUGUCAACGGCUUAGGAGAUGUUCUCGCAAAUUCAAAGUUCACUGGCCAUGCUCGUAGUGCGAGUACCUUCUCCAAUGGGAGCUACAGCAAUGGGAAUGUUCUCGAGGUCUCACAACAACUACGUACCAAACUUAAAUAUGCCAUGAUCAAGGUUCAGAAUGGUUGGCAAUCCAGAACUUUUGACGAGGUUGAGUCUCUAGCAUCACAAUCGCCCCGAUCGACCGUUUCUGGGUUUCAAUCCUUCAACGAUUCCAAGUCGUUACUCUCCCCUCGGACCGUCAUGACCAGGAAGUACCAACGUGAGUCGAGUGACAGCGAUUCCUCCGACAGCACUAUCGCUCUGGAGAAUCGCGGUUUGGUCAAUAUGAUGGCAAGCCCUCAGCCUCCCUCUCGUCGAGCUUUAGCUCCCCCACUAGAUAUCAUGCCUGGCUCACGACGUCGACCAACCCCCAAUGCACCCUUUCACGGCACCCAUGGCCCUCAGAUCCAAACCAGGCAUCUACAUUCAUCACGUCCGAACAACAGUCAACGAACUCCAAGUCAGAAUGCCGCUAUGGAGGCGGAUGCAGUUGAGACACUUUUGUUCAUGGCCAGCCCCAACAAUUCAGGCUACAACCCUUCGAACCGUGGAUCUCAGGAGUCAUCCUCAAAUCGUGCAAACCAAAUUUUCGCUUCACAGACAUCUCCUCUUCGUACUCAAUUCAGUCAAACCUCAAUGACGUCGCCGAAGAAGGUUGCAUUUUCCGAGCGAGAUCUUUCUACUGCUGCCGCCGAUAAAGCCGCCCUGAUUGACCGCAUGUUGGAUGACUUAUCCGAUGAUAGCGAUGGGAGUCUCGAACGAGCUUUCAGACUCGCCGAUAAGAGCAAAGCAGCGGCAGCAGCUCAUCCAGUCUCAAUUUGA